GCGCAUGCGCCGUUCCUCCCCAGCCCUGGGACUACGACGACCACAAUGCUCUGCUCUACGCGACCCGGAAGCAGUAGCGCCGGGAGGAAGAAGCUGCUGAGAAUGAUGCUUCCUGCAGCACCCUGAACCAGCGACCGCUGGUGACCGAGAGCCAUGGACAACCGAUUUGCCACUGCACUAGUCAUUGGCAGCGUCCUGUCUCUCCUGUCGGUGAUCUACUUGGCUGCGGCAGUGGGGACAGUCUCCUGGUACCACUACUUCACCUCUCCUGCGCUUGCCAACGUCAGCGAGUCAGCCGCCUCUGAAUUCCUGAAUGAGGAAGAGAAGGCCAACGAGAAGGCGUACACGGACGCUCUGUACCACUGCAACGGCAGCUUGGGCUUGUGGCAGCAAUGCAUUACCUUCUCCGAGAAGAAUGCUGAUCAGCACAGCGAGGAUAUGAUGGAACCGCCAUCUGACUACCGAUGCGUCUCUCUGUCUUUCUCUGAUCAGUUCUUAGAGAAAUAUACGCAGCCUGGAAAUCACAACUCUGAGAUUGAUCUAGUUCGGACAUAUUUGUGGCGCUGCCAGUUUCUGCUCCCAUUGGUGGCACUUGGGUUGAUAUUUUUUGGAGCCAUCGUUGGUCUUGCCGGCUGUGUGUGCCGCAGCAUCUACCCAGCAUUAGGAACUGGGGCCAUGCACCUACUGGCAGGUGUGUGCACAUUGGGAGCGGUUCUGUGCUUCUCCAGCGGGAUGCACAUGCUGCAGAGCAGCUUGCCCCCUCCUCCAGGUGUACGGGGAGAGUAUGGCUGGUCCUUCUGCUUGGCUUGUGUCUCCUCACCUCUGCAGGUCAUGGCUGGCGCCCUCUUUCUUUGGGCAUCGCGAGCCAGUCGCCGAGAGUAUUCCCUGAUGAAAGCUUAUCGUGUGGCCUGAUGGAACGGACAAGUUGGCAAGUGUUCACUCCGAAACUCAGCAGAACUGAAUGAACCGUCAAUUUUUUUUUUAGGACACCAAUGUUAAAGAUACGAAUAUUGGUCAAAGAACGCCACCUGGGACUUUUCCUAAUGCUCUGUGACUAUUUUUAAUUAUUUUCUUAGCAGCACUCCAAUCUGGAACGUCGGUGCAGAGCGUUCAGAGAAUGCAGCUUGUUGGGAUUGAAUCUAGGGCUGUGUUUUCAAACCAGAUUUUAGACUUCACCUGUAUCUUGUAUAGUGGAACCUUGUAUCACUGUGACUUAUUUACCCGCAUAAUCUUUUUUAUUAUACAGUGUUUGGAGGAAUAUAUUUAUUCCUAAAUUCAGGGAAUUAAGAAAUAUAUAUAUUGGGCACUAAGCUCGUCAUCAUUAGUACAGGUGAAGUUCCACUUUCCAUUUUAUUUACACAGAGCUUUUUUAUAGCAACUGUUCCAAGCGUUCAGUUCAGAAAAUGGGGGAAGCACAUGCCAGUUAUGUCUGGAAAGCUAUGCAAACCCUAUCCUUUGCAAAGAUGCUUGCUUAUUGCUUCUUCCUGGACUUCAGUAGCAAAAAGUGCUUUCAUCCUUACCAAAAUAAUAUGUUCAUGGGCGACAAUAAGCAUUGGGCCCUGUAGCCAUUUACUGUUUUUGGCAUUAAAUUCAUAAUAUAGAAUUGUUUUUAUCUAAAAAAAAAUUUUAGCACUCUACCCGCUUUGGGGAAUAGAAUCACAAAGGGAUAACAAAUUUAAGUUGCUAUUAAAGCCUAAAUUAUUAAAGCCUAAAUUAAGUCCCUUUUUUUUCGUAGUUCUUAUUUAAUAAAGGGAACACAUACAAAGGUUUUUUUUUUUAGAAGAUACUGUUUGUAUCACAUUGUUUAAUAAGUAUUUCACACCAAGCCAUUAUUCUCAGGCGCUACUUUACCCAAAAAGAUUUUCUUAUUAGGCAUAAGUUGAUGUAAACCACUGCAGGUGGUCCUCUCACUAAAGUGACAUACAGGCCCAUGUGUCAUAGCCUGUGAAUUGCAUGCAUCUGCCACAAUUCAGGCGAUUUAGCCCGUAGAUUUAAAUCGUCAAUAAUCUAAAAAGCAAAACCAACCAAUUAUCGCCACCUUAAAUCUAUGGCCAAAAUCAUCCGAAUCUCAGCAGUGCCUGCAACUCACAGGGUAUUAUACAUAAUUGAAGUGAGCAGUGAGGGAAGUAUUUAAGCAUGGGUCACCAGAGACCUGGGGGAAAAUUUACUAAGAUGGGAGUUCUAUUUAAGAUGGGAUGUUGCCCAUAGCAACCAAUCAGAUUCUACUUCUCAUUUAUCUAGCACCUUCUAGAGGAUAAUACCUGGAAUCUGAUUGGUUGCUAUGGGCAACAUCCCAUCUUAAAUAGAACUCCCAUCUUAGUAAAUUUACCCCCUGGGCUGCACAAGUCUGAAAAGGCCCCAUUUUAGGCUGAUACUUGUGUAAAGGGAAUGUUUUUCCAUAAUUCUUUGUUUCUCAUUACUCCUGCCCGAUAAACAUUGAGCUUGCCUCCAUCCUUGACUUUCUCUGUUCCGUGGGUGGGGAGUGAGUAGUCGGGUUUCAGAUACACAAACCUGAUGCUUAUUGUGCAGUAGGAGCUGGCACUUGCUAAGUCCAGCUGUAUAAAAAAAACGGCAUCCCUGACUCCUCAGUGUUUAAGAUAUGCAAAAACUGUGUCCAGCCCAUGAAGACCAGAAAGGUCUGAGCUGGUCAUGGACAUUUUCUUAUAUCGGUAGUUACUGGGGCUCCAGCUUAGCUAGCUAGAGCUCCAGCUUAAUGUUUUAAAGUUUAUUUUCUAGCGUGUAAUGACAAGAAGCACUUGUACUAGACUAGUUCUGUCCUUUUUAUAUUGAAAAGCUCAGCUAACUUGCAUCACGUGAUUCGUUUUUAAAGCAUUACACUAUGAAAUGCAAUUAAGAUGAAACACGUCGAUGUGAGUGUUACCCUCGUGUUAGGGAUUUUUAAUUUAUAUGUGGGAUUUUUUACAAACAAUAUUUUAAAUUAUAUGUUGCGUGUUUGUAAUGUUAAAUGUUUGAUUAACCGUAUUGUAAUCCACUUUCUGCCCAGUUUCCCCUUAAUUUUUCAAACCUGUACUGCAAGAAGUGACACUUAUGGUUAAAGAUCACUCUAGGUUAAACCAGCUUGGUCAGAGGUUUCUUGAUGGCUAAUGAAAUGAAGUAAGUAGAAAGCAUUAAUCAGCUGGAAGUUACCGCUGGUGUUCCACACUACCGCUGGUGAGUCUGCUGCUUGGCAGCAGUGAUCUGAUAAGGACGGGCACUUUCUGCCUAAUGACCGUACACACGUGAAUACUGCAGGGUUGGGCAGGCCCCCAGUGAGAAAAAUAUGCAGACUGUUUUGUACAGCAAGAAAGGAUAUUGUAUGAUAUACCUCUGCUGUAAAUUAGGAGCAGGCUGAAUGCAUGUACUUACAAGACAGAACGGCUUAACAGUGCAGCUUGUUCAGGGGCGAAUCAUUAUAUUAGUAAUGAUGAGAGCAUAUGAUGCCCUCUAGCUGUUGUUGAAUUACACAUCCCAGCAUGCUCUCUGGCAGUUUUAGCAUGCCCUAAUAGCAAAACUGUGGCAGGACAUGCUGGUACUUGUAGUUGCACAGCAGCUGAAGGGCAGUCUGCUGAAUAUCCCUGCCAUAGGAAUUUUUUUACCCUCAGUCAUCCAAUUAAACCCUUUUAGCACUUAAGUUUCCCAAUCGUACUUGGCAGGAACACAGCAUGUAGCCACACACUUAACAAGUAGAAAACUGCCCGCCUACUCACGGGCCAGAAAAUUGGAUUUUAGGGAGACAGCAUGGAAGCACAGUGGUUAGCAUUGUUCCCUCACAGUACUGGAGUCAUGGGUUAGAUUCCCACCUGUGGGAGCUUGUUUGUUUGUCCUAUGUUUGCAUGGGUUUCCUCCCACAAUCCAAAUGUCACAUACUGGUAGCUGAAUUGGCUUCCCAAAAAUGAACCCUAAUGUGUGUGGGGACUGUAGGCCGCAAUGGUGAAGGUAUUGAUGUGAAUAACCAUGUAUUCUCUGUAAAGCAGUGCAUUAUGUGCGAGUGCUAUAUAACAAAGAUCUGUUACUAAAGUAAAACCUUUUAGAGCAGGUGCAUGUAUUAAAGAGUCAAUGUUAUAAGCCAAGGGCUCAAUGCAAAUAGCUACAGUUAAGUGCAUCCACUUCCCCAGAAGGUUGUGUACAAAGUUGCACAACUCCAGGAUGAUCGCACUUUGCUCUGCUUGCAACUAAUUAAAUAAACCCCUGUAAGUCAGUGUCUGCGUAACACUUAGGGACAGUUUAGGCUGUUAAAGGGACAAGAUUGCUCUCACAGAGUUUAUCAUCUGUUAACCGUCUGGUUAGAAGACAAAACCAAUCCAUUGCAUUACGGCGAUGUCGUUAUCAGACCUGAGCUUGCAGUUAUGUACAAAGAACUGAAUUCGUAAAAGUCAUAUUAAAUAACAUGACGUAACUAACACUAAUAUGCGUUAAUACAUAGCAACCAAUGCAAUAACAGCUUACAGUCACAUUACUGAGAGCUACACUAGUGAAAUCAGAUGUGUACUGCUGUGCGUUACAGAAUAUGUGAGCAUUUUUACCAUGCUACUAAAUAAGUCUUUAGUUCUUCUGACAUAGCAUAACAGGUGUUUGGUAAUACAUUUAUAAACUCUUUAUCUGAUACACACUCCUGCUAGUUGUCGCUUUCUGUUUUAUUGAGAUGCUAUAUUCACAGCACUGUGCAGUGGGGUAGUGAGAAAUCUAGAAGUACAAGAUCUUGUCUGCUCUCCUGUUGAGAUAAAGGGACUUUAUAAACGAGAUUACAUCACAAACAUUUGAGGACAUUUAUGAAUAGUGCUGCACAAAUUGUGCAUUACAGGGUCCUGUGUCCAUGCAAACCAAUCAGAGGCCAGUGUAAUGGUUUGUUAGUUUAGAAGACGCGUGUUUGGGUGUUACAGGUAACAAACCCUUUUCUUCAUAUUUAUUUGCAUACCGGGGGGUUAUAUUUACUAAAGGUCGAUUUCAAUCAAUUUCAGUUCGAUUAAAAUCAAUUGUAAUCGAUGUCGGUUUUACAGGGCUAAAACACACAUUGACUAACAUUUAAAAAUUAAUAUUAAAAAAUCAUCUUUUAGUAAAUGUGUUUUAGCCCUGUGAGCCCAACAUUGAUUAAGAUCAAACUGAAAUUGAUUAAAAUCAAUAAAAAGCAACCUUUAGUAAUAUACCCCCUGGUGUACAAAAGUUCUCUCCCACUUCUUGAGUGUGACCUCUAGGGGGACACUGGGGAAAAUAAAACAAAGUAAACUAUACAUACUGUAUAUUAAUGUAGCACAGUUUGUCCAUUUUCAUGAAUUAACAUUUAUUGAAUAUUUGUUGUGUUUUGUUUUUUAGUAUAUAUUUAGAAGUGGCAUUUUGUUAAAGCCUAUAUAAAGUGUUUUUAUAUUGUUGUUUUUUGUUUGUUUUUUUAGUUUGUCUCGCUACAGUUAACCUCCAUAGACAUGGAUUGGUGUAAGCACUCCCCACUGGGUGUGGUAUUGAAGGGCCGACCACACUUAGGUUGACCACUAUUGGUCGACAGUAACUAGGUCGACAGGGUUUCUAGGACAACAUGGUGUAGGUCGACAGGUCAAAAGGUUGAGUUUUUAAUCUUUUUUGGUGUCGUUUUUGCCGUAGUGAUCGGGAACCCCAAUUAGUGCACCUUGCGUGGCUCGCUUCGCAGGCCAUGCUGUCCUCGGCACAGGUUACCAUUCCCGAUCGUAGUCCACAUGGCUCGUAAAGUAUGAAAAAGUACAAAGAAAAAAAUUUGAAAAACUCAUGUUGACCUUUUGACCUGUCGACCUAAUUACUGUGGACCAAUAGUGGUCGACCUAGACACUGUCGUCCUAAGUCUUGACGACCUAGAGACCGGAUAUCCUCCCCACUAUCUGGUUGUGUCUGUGCGGGUUAUCCAGGGUUGUUUUCAAACUCUAACUGUGACUGGAUAAUCCAGAUCUCCGGUGCCUGGAAGGUUGUGUCUUGCCCUGUUAAUGUUCAACACCAAAUCUGUAAUUCUGUUAAUAAGCAAUACCUGCAAGCUGUACAUUGGGGAUCAGGGCAAAGUGGGCUAUAUAUGUGUUUUUUUUUGUACCCCCUGAACCUCAGUCUGUUAACUUGUUAGCAUCAGUAAAACAUGGAAAACUUAAAGUACCCAUAGAUUGUAGCACAUGCUAAUUUUUUAUGUAUGUUGAUUACUGUAUAUGGCAGUGUUCUAAGUUCCCUGUUCAACACUUUUUGAAGUGUUGUCAUAAGGACUCCUAUAGUAUUCAGCAGUAGUGGAACAUAUAUUGUAGGAAUUGUAUCCAGUUUGUUUUGGUACACAAUAAACAGUUGUCCACAAAAAAAA